CGGCCGCAGCCGCAGGAAGAUGCUGGAAGCCGGCGGGCGCGCGCCUCGUAGGUGCUGAAGGGACAGUUCCUUCGGCAGAACUUGCUCCUGAGCGCACUGGGCACGUAAGCGAUGGAGGCUAUUUGGAUCUACCAGUUCCGCCUCAUCGUGAUCGGUGACUCCACGGUAGGCAAGUCGUGCCUUCUGCACCGCUUCACCCAAGGCCGCUUCCCAGGGCUGCGCUCCCCGGCCUGCGACCCCACAGUCGGCGUGGACUUCUUCUCGCGCCUCCUGGAGAUUGAGCCAGGCAAGAGGAUCAAGCUGCAGCUUUGGGACACGGCGGGGCAGGAGCGAUUCAGAUCAAUAACUCGAUCCUAUUACCGCAACUCAGUUGGAGGAUUUUUAGUGUUUGACAUUACUAACCGACGGUCUUUUGAACAUGUGAAAGAUUGGCUAGAAGAAGCAAAAAUGCAUGUGCAGCCUUUUCAGAUUGUAUUUCUACUGGUGGGACAUAAAUGUGAUCUAGCUUCACAACGUCAGGUUUCAAGGGAGGAAGCUGAGAAACUGUCAAAGGACUGUGGAAUGAAGUACAUAGAAACCUCAGCAAAGGAUGCCACGAAUGUUGAAGAGUCCUUUACAAUCUUGGCAAGAGACAUAUAUGAACUUAUUAAAAAAGGAGACAUUUGUAUUCAGGAUGGAUGGGAAGGGGUUAAAAGUGGUUUCGUUCCAAAUACUGUGCAUUCUUCUGAGGAAGCAGUGAAGCCUAGAAAACAGUGCUUCUGUUGACUUCAACCUGUCGAAGAACUACCACAGACAGACCAUGUUGCUCUGGAUAGAUGUCAACAUUGACAGCAGAAUGACAAAAGGAGUGAACAUCUACCAACAUCCAGACCCAUUUCAUAAGCUGGUGGACACAACGCUGUGUCCACUUAACACCAACAGACUGGGUAGUCUGCUAAGUUAGGAGGAAAAGGAGACAACUUUUUUCUUGAAACCAGGGUCUACAAAGUUACAUCCCUUCUCACUUUGUUAGGGUAUAGCUGACCUUAGUGCCCAGAUGUGUCGGUAUUAAUCAUCCCUCUUGACAGUUGAAAAUAGGUUUUCUCGUACACAUGUAAUUCAGCUGAAAAGAAUGUAUCAGGAUUCAUUUUCUCCUGGGUUAACUAGUAUUGAAAACAAAGUGCACUUGAAGGGCCAAUGAGGUGAUUCACUGGGUAAGGAAGCUUGCCACCAGAUCUGUAGACUUGAGUUUCAUUCAUUCCUGGAGCCACUGUGGUAGAAGGA